AUGGCUGGGAGCUGGAUGACCCAGAUCCUGCUGGGAUGGACAACACUGGUCUGCCUGGCCCAGGCCCAGUGGGAAGGGGCCAUUCGGACAGAUAGGCCCACUGGCUCUGAAGAGACACCAGCCUUGAGUCGGGUUAGAAGAAGAGGCUUUGACACCUUAAGAGGGCCAAAUGUCUGUGGCUCCCGAUUUCAUUCUUAUUGCUGCCCAGGAUGGAGGACUCUCCCUGGGGGAAAUCAGUGCAUUGUCCCCAUUUGCCGGAAUUCCUGUGGGGAAGGGUUCUGCUCCCGACCCAAUUUAUGUGCCUGUGCCAAUGGGCAGCUCUCCCCCAGCUGUGGUGCCAGUGGAGGUGAGGGGGCUUAGAAGAGAGGUGGUAGGUACUGCAAUGAGGAAUCUUGCCUCUGUAAAAAAAAAUAUACUGGAACUAGUAACCAUUGUAGAUCACCUGUGUGUGACCAGAAUUGUCAGAAUGGGGGCCGCUGCAUUGGCCCCAACCGCUGUGCUUGUGUCUAUGGCUUCACUGGACCCCAGUGUGAGAGAGACUACCGCACUGGACCUUGCUUCAGCCAAGUCAACAAUCAGGUGUGCCAGGGCCAGCUGAGUGGCCUUGUCUGCACCAAGACCAUGUGCUGUGCCAGUGUGGGUCGUGCCUGGGGUCACCCCUGUGAGCCGUGCCCUGCCCAGCCUCACCCCUGCCGAAGAGGCUUCAUCCCAAACAUUCGAACGGGUGCCUGUCAAGAUGUGGAUGAGUGCCGGGCCAUCCCAGGUCUGUGCCAGAGUGGGAACUGCAUCAACACCGUGGGCUCCUUUGAGUGCCGCUGUCCAGCUGGUCAUCGGCUGGGUGAGGCCAGCCACAAAUGUGAAGAUGUGGACGAGUGCAGCUCUAACCCUGGUGCCUGCGAAGGUGGAGAAUGUGCCAACACAGUGGGGAGCUAUGUUUGCACCUGCCCCCGAGGCUUCAUGGCAAGUGCUGAUGGUUCUCACUGCCUGGAUCAGCGAGUAGGUACCUGCUUCUCUGCAUUACUCGGGGGCCGCUGUGCUGGAGAGCUGCCAGGCCAAGCUUCCAAGAGACAAUGCUGCUGCGAAUGGGGCCGAUGCUGGGCCGUGGGGUCAACGCCAGAGAUGUGUCCCCAGAGGGGCUCUGAUGAGUUUCGACAGUUGUGUGCUGAGGGCCCUCCGGUGCUGCCUGCCUACCCUGGGCACUUUCCAGGCCUUCCAGGAUUUGGGCCCAAUGGCCUGGGCCCUGGUCUUACUGGCCCUGCCCGACACGGUCCUCAUGGUACGGCCACAUUGAAUCAGACCAUUGACAUCUGCAAGCAUUUCACCAACCUCUGCCUCAAUGGACGAUGCCUCCCGACCUCUUCCAGCUAUCGGUGCGAGUGCAACAUGGGCUACAAGCAGGACGUGCGUGGAGAAUGCAUUGAUGUAGAUGAGUGCUCCAGUAGCCCCUGUGUCCAUGGAGACUGUGUCAACACCCCUGGCUCUUAUCAUUGUAAAUGCCAAGAAGGCUUCCAGAGCACCCCAACCAAACAGUCCUGUGUUGAUAUUGAUGAGUGUAUCCUAAAUGGUGGGAUGUGCCGUCAUGGGCGCUGCAUUAACACAGAGGGAAGCUUUCAAUGCAUCUGUAAUGCAGGCUUUGAGAUCACUCCAGAUGGCAAAAACUGUGUGGAUCAUGAUGAAUGUGCAACCACGACCAUGUGUCUCAAUGGUGUGUGUCUCAAUGAAGCUGGCAGCUUCAAAUGCCUGUGUAAACCCGGCUUCCUGCUGGCUCCCAGUGGGCGCUACUGCGUAGAUAUUGAUGAGUGUGAGACUCCUGGCAUCUGCAUGAAUGGCUGGUGUAUCAACACAGAAGGCUCCUUCCGCUGCGAGUGCGUGGGUGGCUUGGCCAUUGGAGCAGAUGGCCGAGUCUGUGUGGACACUCAUAUGCGAAGCACCUGCUAUGGGGCCAUCAAGAAGGGCACCUGUGCACGGCCAUUUCCCGGAGCUGUCACCAAGUCUGAGUGUUGUUGCACUAGCCCUGACCAUGGCUUUGGCGAGCCGUGCCAGCCCUGCCCAGCCAAGAACUCUGAUGAAUUCCAGGCUCUCUGCAGCAGUGGUCUUGGAAUAACAGCAGAUGGUAGAGAUAUCAAUGAAUGUGCCUUGAACCCUGACAUUUGCCCCAACGGUGUAUGUGAGAACCUUCGGGGCAGCUACAGAUGCAUCUGCCACCUGGGCUAUGAGGCUGAUCCCCCUGGCAAGGAGUGUGUGGAUGUGGAUGAGUGUGCCCUGAACCGCCUCCUUUGUGAUAACGGGCUCUGUCGGAAUACCCCGGGCAGUUACACAUGUACCUGCCCCACAGGCUUCACCUUCAAGACUGAAACAGAUUCCUGUGAAGAUAUUGAUGAGUGCCUAUCCAACCCUUGUGUGAAUGGGCUGUGCCGGAACCAUGCAGGCUCCUUUGCCUGCGAGUGUUCCCCAGGCAGUCGCCUGGACCCUGCUGGCAACGUCUGUGUGGACAGCAUGAAAGGCACAUGCUGGCUACACAUUCAGGACGGCCGCUGUGAAGCCAACAUCAAUGGCGCUACACUGAGGUCUGAGUGCUGUGCCACCCUAGGAGCCGCCUGGGGCAGCCCCUGCCAGCUCUGUGAGACAGACCCAGCCUGUUCCCGGGGUUUUGCUCGUAUGAAAGGCCUCACCUGUGAAGAUGUAAAUGAGUGUGAGGUCUUCCCGGGUGUCUGCCCCAAUGGACGUUGCCUCAACACUGCCGGCUCCUUCCGCUGCGAGUGUCCUGAGGGCCUGACCCUGGACAGCACAGGGCGAGUGUGCGUGGAUGUGAGGGUAGAGCAGUGUUUCCUGAAGUGGGACGAAGAUGAGUGCUUAGCCCCAUUGUCAGGCAAAUAUCGGAUGGACAUGUGCUGCUGCUCUGUGGGGGCUGCCUGGGGGGCUGACUGUGAGGCGUGCCCAGAACCUGGCUCCCCAGAAUUCGCUAUCAUCUGCCCUCGAGGCCCUGGUUUUGCCAGCAGGGAUUUCCUUUCUGGUCGGCCUUUCUACAAAGAUGUGAAUGAAUGCAAGGCCUUCCCAGGCCUCUGCACCCACGGCUCAUGCAGGAACACUGUGGGCAGCUUCCGCUGCAUGUGUGGCAAUGGCUUUGCCCUCGAUGCUCAGGAGAGGAAUUGCACGGAUAUCGACGAGUGCCGGAUUUCCCCUGACCUCUGUGGCCAUGGAACCUGUGUCAACACUCUGGGCAGCUUUGAGUGCGAAUGCUUCCAGGGUUAUGAGAGUGGCUUUAUGAUGAUGAAGAACUGCAUGGACAUCGAUGAGUGUGCUCAGGACCCGCUGCUGUGUCGAGGGGGAACCUGCAUCAACAGUGAUGGAAGCUACCAAUGUCUGUGUCCUCCUGGCCAUGAACUGUCAGCUGAUGGCAACGCUUGUGGGGAUGUGAACGAGUGCUCUCUCAGAGACAACCUGUGCCGGCACGGGCGCUGCGUAAACGUCAUUGGCACCUACCAGUGUGCCUGCGACACUGGCUUCCAGUCUACCCCAGACCGACAAGGCUGUAUAGACACCGAUGAGUGCAGUGUCGGAAAUGGGGGCUGUGAGACUCACUGUACCAACACGGAAGGCAGUUACCAGUGCAGCUGUGGGGAGGGUUAUGCCCUGAUGCCCGAUGGCAGGGCCUGUGCAGACAUUGACGAGUGUGAGGAGAACCCAGACAUCUGCGAUGGGGGCCAGUGUACCAAUGUGCCUGGCCAGCACCGUUGCCUCUGCUAUGAUGGCUUCAUGGCCACCCUUGAUAUGAAGACUUGCAUAGAUGUGAACGAGUGUGACCUGAAUCCCAACAUCUGUCUCCAUGGUGACUGCGAGAAUAGCAAGGGAUCCUUCAUCUGCCAUUGCCAGCUGGGCUAUUUCGUCAAGAAGGGCACAACGGGUUGCACAGACAUCGAUGAGUGUGCCCUUGGGGCCCACAACUGUGAUGCUCGGGCCUCCUGUGUCAAUGUACCUGGUACCUUUCGAUGUAUGUGCCAGUCAGGUUGGGUUGGUGAUGGCUUCAAGUGUCAUGACCUGGAUGAAUGUGCCACAGAAGACCACGGAUGCCACGUAAAUGCCGACUGUAUAAACUCUCCCGGUUCCCACCGCUGUGUCUGCCGGGAGGGCUUUUCUGGGGACGGCUUCUCCUGUGUGGACAGGGAUGAGUGUGCUGACAACGUGAACCUCUGCGAGAAUGGGCAGUGUCUCAACGCUCCCGGCGGUUACCGAUGUGAAUGUGAGAUGGGCUUCAACCCCACUGAAGACAGCAGAGCCUGCCAGGACAUCGAUGAGUGCACCUUCCAGAACAUCUGUGUCUUUGGAAGCUGCCACAACUUGCCUGGGAUGUUCCGCUGUGUCUGCGAUGAUGGCUAUGAGCUUGACCGGAGUGGAGGCAACUGCACAGAUAUCAAUGAGUGUGCAGAUCCUGUCAACUGUAUCAAUGGCCUGUGUGUCAACACACCAGGCAGCUACCUGUGCAACUGCCCCCAAGAUUUUGAGCUGAACCCCAGUGGCGUGGGCUGUGUGGAUACACGUGUCGGAAACUGUUUUCUGGACACUCAGGACCGAGGCGAUGGGGGCAUCUCCUGCAGUGCAGAGAUUGGAGUUGGUGUUACCCGGGCGUCCUGCUGCUGUUCCUUGGGUCGGGCCUGGGGCAAUCCCUGUGAGCUCUGCCCUCCAGGGAACACCACUGAAUAUAAGACUCUAUGCCCUGGAGGAGAAGGCUUCAGACCCAACCCCAUCACAGUCAUCCUAGAGGACAUCGAUGAGUGUCAAGAGCUACCUGGUUUGUGCCAAGGGGGAGACUGUGUCAACACCUUUGGCAACUUCCAGUGUGAAUGUCCCCUGAACUAUUACCUCAAUGAAGAUACCCGCAUCUGUGAGGAUAUUGAUGAAUGCUCUACUCAUGUUGGCAUCUGUGGUCCUGGAACCUGCUAUAACACCCUAGGCAACUACACAUGUGUCUGCCCACCAGAGUACAUGCAGGUCAACGGCGGUAACAACUGCAUGGACGUGAGGAAGAGCGUGUGUUACCGGCACCACAAUGACACGUGUGAAAAUGAGCUGGCCUUCAACAUGACCAGGAAGAUGUGCUGCUGCUCGUACAACAUUGGAAAGGCUUGGAACCGGCCCUGUGAGCCUUGCCCUGCUCCAGCCAGCUCUGAGUACCAGAUCCUGUGUGGAAACCAAGCACCUGGCUUCAUCAUCGAUAUCCACACAGGGAAACCCAUUGACAUUGAUGAAUGCAGUGAAAUCCCUGCCAUCUGCACUAAUGGCGUUUGCAUCAAUCAGAUUGGCAGCUUCCGCUGCGAGUGCCCAGUUGGAUUCAGCUACAACAGCGUCCUUCUUGUCUGUGAAGACAUGGAUGAGUGCAGCAGUGGGGAGAGUCCGUGCCAACGCCAUGCUGACUGCAUCAAUAUCCCAGGCAGCUAUCGCUGUGAAUGUGCCCGUGGCUACAAGCUUUCUCCUAGUGGAGCCUGUGUGGGGCGGAAUGAGUGCCAAGAGAUUGCAAACGUGUGUAGCCAUGGGGACUGUGUAGAUACAGAGGGAAGCUAUGCCUGUAUAUGCCACCAAGGCUUUAAGGCCACUGCAGACCAGACCAUGUGUAUGGAUAUCGAUGAGUGUGACCGGCAGCCAUGUGGCAAUGGAACCUGCAAGAACACUGUGGGCUCCUACAACUGUCUCUGCUUCCCUGGCUUUGAACUCACACACAACAGUGACUGCAUGGAUAUUGAUGAGUGCACCUCCCUCACGGGGCAAGUAUGUCGUAAUGGACAGUGUAUCAACAGCAUUGGCUCAUUCCAGUGUCUCUGCCAUGAGGGCUAUGAAAGGACUGCAGAUGGCAAGAACUGUGUGGACAUUAAUGAGUGCGUGAGUUUUCCUGGAACCUGUUCACCUGGGACAUGCCAGAACCUGGAUGGAGCUUUCCGCUGUAUCUGUCCCCCGGGCUACCAAGUGCAGGAUGACAGCUGCAUAGAUAUCAAUGAAUGUGAUGAGGAGCCCAACCUCUGCCUUUUUGGCACCUGCACCAACAGCCCUGGCAGUUUCCAGUGCCUCUGCCCACCUGGAUUUGUCCUGUCAGACAACGGACGACGAUGCUUUGACACUCGACAGAGUUUUUGCUUCACUCGAUUUGAGAAUGGGAGGUGUUCAGUCCCCAAAGCCUUCAAUACCACCAAGGCCCGAUGCUGCUGCAGUAAGAUGCCUGGAGAAGGAUGGGGGGAUCCUUGUGAACUGUGUCCCCAGGAAGGCAGUGGUGCCUUCCAAGAACUCUGUCCCUUUGGCCAUGGGGCUGUGCCUGGCCCAGAUGACUCACGAGAAGAUGUGAAUGAGUGCUCAGAGAACCCUGGCAUCUGUGUCAAUGGGGUCUGUAUCAACACCGACGGCUCUUUCCGAUGCGAAUGUCCUUUUGGCUACAGUCUGGAUUACACUGGUGUCAACUGUGUGGACAUGGAUGAGUGCUCCGUUGGAAAUCCCUGUGGGAAUGGAGUGUGUGCCAAUGUUGUGGGUGGCUUUGAGUGCACCUGUGAUGAGGGUUUUGAACCGGGCCCCAUGAUGACCUGUGAGGACAUUAAUGAAUGCUCCCUGAACCCUCUGCUCUGUGCCUUCCGCUGCAUCAACACCAAGGGAUCCUAUGAAUGUACCUGCCCCUCAGGCUACAUGCUGAGAGAGGACCGAGUGAUGUGUAAAGAUCUGGACGAGUGUGCCGAGGGACUACAUGACUGCCCAGCCCGGGGCAUGCUUUGCAAGAACUUGAUAGGCACCUUCACCUGCAUCUGCCCUCCUGGCCUACAGCCCCGAGCCCACGGUGAAGGCUGCACGGAUGAGAAUGAAUGCCGAACCCAGCCUGGUCUCUGUUCCAAUGGCCGCUGUGUGAACACUGUGGGCAGCUACCACUGUGACUGCAAUGAGGGCUUCCAAGCCAGCCCCACAGGAACAGAGUGCCUUGACACCCGCCAGGGUUCCUGCUUCACAGAGGUACUGCAGACCACAUGUCAACUGUCCUCCAGCAACCACAACCCGGUCACCAAAGCCGAGUGUUGUUGCGAUGGAGGCCGAGGCUGGGGCUCCCUCUGUGAGCUCUGCCCCCUCCCUGGCACUGCCCAGCACAGGAAGAUGUGCCCACAUGGUUCUGGCUAUACCACCGAUGGUAGAGACAUUGACGAGUGCAAAGUUCUCUCCAACCUCUGUCAAAACGGUCAGUGCAUCAACACCAUUGGCUCUUUCCGCUGCCACUGUGAGACCGGCUACACACCUGAUAUUACUGGCACAGCCUGUGUGGACAGUGACGAGUGCAUGACCCAGCCGGGCCUGUGCGGGGCCCAGGGGCAAUGUGAGAACACCCCAGGUAGCUUCAACUGUCAGUGCCAACGAGGAUUCUCUCUGGACAGCACGGGCCUCACCUGUGAAGAUGUGGAUGAGUGCGAUGGAAGUCACCAUUGCCAGCAUGGCUGUCGGAACAUGGUGGGCAGCUAUCGCUGUGGCUGCCCCAAUGGUUUCACUCCUCAUUCCCAGUGGGACCAGUGUGUGGAUGACAACGAGUGUUCCAGCCCCACGGCCUGUGGCUCGGCCUCUUGCUACAACACUCUGGGAAGCUUCAAGUGUGUCUGCCCUUCUGGCUACGACUUCGACCAGGCCUUUGGGGGCUGCCGGGAUGUGGAUGAGUGCUCUGCAGGGGGCAGCCCCUGUAGUUACGGCUGCUCUAACACCAACGGGGGCUACCUGUGUGGCUGCCCUGGGGGUUACUUCCGUGCCGGGCAAGGGCACUGCAUCUCAGGACUUGGCUUUGACAAGAAUUCCUAUCUACCAACCCUUUCUGAGGAGGAAGAUGAAGAGAACCUGCUCUCUCCUGACACCUGCUAUGAGUGCAAGAUAAAUGGCUAUUCCCAAAGAAGCCGGCAACGACGACACACCAAUGGGACUCAGAGGCACCAGAUGAGCCUGGCUAGUGUGGACACUGAGGCCCCAUUGGCCAUGGCCUUGAACCUCUCCAACCUGGGCCCCAGAGAGCACAUCCUGGAGCUGCUGCCAGCCGUGGAGGCCCUGGAGAACCGGGUGCUAUACAUUAUUGCUCAUGGCAACGAGGCAGGCUUCUUCCGUAUGCAGCACAAGGAAGGGCUGAGCUACCUGCGUCUGGGCCGAAAGAAGCCUGGCCCUGGUGCCUACCAGCUGGAGGUCAUGAGUGUGCCCAGGCCAGCAGGGGAUGAGCUGGGAGAGCCAGCUGGGCAGGGAGGCCACGCUCUGAGGCUGAAACUACAACUACAACUCUACUAG